AUGGCGGCGAACGUCCUGGUUAGGAACCUCAAUGCGAUACAAGAGACUCAACAACAGGCCUCCGUCAGCACCGUCGACCAUGCCCUCGAUGGCCAAUCCCGAUUUGGAGAGAUAGUGGCUAUUCUGGCUGUUGGAUCCGUUCUGUCGACUGCGGCGGUCAGUCUCCGGGUUUACACCAGGGUUAGGAUGCUGCGAACUUUUGGGCUGGACGACUCGGUGAUGGUGGUUGCCCAGAUGUUCCUUAUCGGAUCAGCUGUUGCCAUUGGGCUUGAAAGCAAAUGGGGUCUUGGCUUUCAUUCAUGGGUUCCUCCACCCGAGGACUACGUCCCAUACAUGAAGGUAAAUCCUAUCGCGAUCAACUCACCCCCGAGUCUAUACUCACAACAACAUCAGUCCUUCUACACCUCGAUCAUCGUGUACAACAUCGCGACCUGCCUCGUCAAGAUCUCCAUCCUAUUGCAAUACCGCCGCAUCUUCGCCAUCGACAUUAUGCAGAAGUUGACGUUGUGGGGUCUUGCCUUUAUGAUCUCGUGGACUGCCAUGCUCUCCUUCCUUCAACCAAUGAUGUGUCUUCCCGUAGCCGCUUUCUGGGAUCCGACCAUCGAAGGCCGCUGCAUAGACUUCCUUGCCAUCUGGUACACCAUGGCCGGAGUCAACCUCGUAGCCGACUUUGCCAUUUUCAGCAUGCCGAUUCCGGUCAUCAACUCACUGCAACUUCCUCGCAAGCAGAAGCGAAUGUUGCUCGUUGUCUUCUGUCUCGGAUUCUUAAUCCGAACCCUCCGCGUUGCUGCAGAUACAAAAGACCCGUACUGGGAUAAUGUGGACGCCGCCACAUGGUCCUUCCUCGAGGUCGCCAUCGGCAUCCUGGCGGCAUGUCUUCCUACCCUUCGACCGAUAUUCGUUACUCUGCUGCCACGCCUCUUUAACGCGUCUUCACUGCAGUUCAGGAGUAGUGGCAGGCCAUCGAAAUACGGUAAUCCGUAUGCUCAACCAAGCGAAGGAAACAACAGGGCCAGUUUUAUGCACGGGCUGGGAUUCCACCGCCCUAUGAGCAGCACAGAGGGGUUGAAUCGCCAAGACGGAGUUGAAAUGUCCGGUCAAGAGAGCGAGACGUCGGCUGAGUACACCGUCAGCGUUAGCACAGGAGCACCCGAAAGCCUCGACAAAAUGUCUCGGGUGAAGAGCAAGAGAGACAGUGUGAUGGAUGGCCAGCAUAUCAGGGGGCAUAUUCGGACUACGACUGUGGUGACUCAGGAGGUCACGUUCGAGAAGCCCUCUAGUUCCAAGUCUAACCCAGACCAGGAUUAA